UAUGAGCUGGCAUGUCGCGUUGCAAGCCCUAUUGAUGGAUUAGGCUCCAUGAGCCCUUGUGACAACUAUCUUCUUAUUCUUUGCAUUAUCUAUGACCCGCAAAUUCCUCCUUUUAGAAAGUCUCCUCAACGUACUUUUUCCUCCAUAAUCACGUCCCCUAUCAACUCUUGACAAUAUGGCUAUGCAGAGACAUCCAGGACUCAUUAUCAGAGAGCCAGAUCUUUCACUACGCAAAGGAGAAGUUAUAGAGAGGGAUGACGAAAUGGACUAUCCAGCCUCUUACAGUUUGCAGUACCAAGAUGUACUAGAAACUGGAGGAUAUCCAUUCCUGCAGACAACGUCCGCAUCCUUAGUGCACUUGGGACAACCUCUGACCACAAGCGCAUUACGCGAUUUUGAUUUAUAUUCAACAUCGCAUACUUGGACAACACCUGAUUUGGCCUCACAGCUACCAGAGCAGAUAUCGCUGCCCCUAUUAGAUGAUGUCGACUUCUGGCAAUCAGGAGCAGUGCAGAGAUCAGUGCUUGAAUCACCAGGAGAGACCAAUUUUCUAGCGACUGAUGCAUGCGGCGACUUCUCAAACAAUGGAGACGGUUAUAUGAAUUCCCCGUCUUCAACUCAGUCCUUUACGAACUCCCUAACUCGCCCUGAGCCAUGUCUUCAAAGUUUCGACCGCCUCGAUACCUUCCUCGAUCAAGGAUAUUAUCCAACAUCAACCGACUUCAUUCGGGAUGAAAAUAGCCACCUUGUCUUUCCGUCUGGGGCGAACAAGCGGCAGCGGGAACAUGUUGUCGCUCCGACCUCGCCUGCUCUUUCGACCUCCUCUCAUCUAUCUGUUGAGUUACAGAGUGUUGCCGGACCCCUUACAGUGGCCUCACAGGGCGCCCGGGAUGGUGACGAUGUGGACGUUAGCUCUAUUGAUAUGGAUGACGAUAGCGUCAAUGAACCAUAUUCGGCUCUUAUUUACAGAGCAUUGAUUUCGGCUCCGGGAAAGAAGUUACCGCUUCAAGGUAUCUACAGUUGGUUUGAAAAGAAUACAUCCAAAGGGAAAGAUCAGAAAUGCAAGGGAUGGCAGAAUAGCAUCCGUCAUAAUCUAUCGAUGAAUGCGGGAUUUGAAGCUAUCAAAGAGGAGACGGCAGCUGGAAAUAAGUCCGUUAACUACUGGAGACUGACAGAGGAGGCGAUCAGAUCCGGCCGCGUGGAAUCGACUACCCGAUAUAGAAAACAGGGAAAUCACAAGAAGUCAAUGAAGUCGGAUCAUCCUGCACCGCAACGCCAGCGCUCCGGGGCCAGAGGCGGGAGAGCUGCGAAGAUAUCUGCCAGGAGAAAACGUGCCAAGCAGGAAGAGCAAAAGAUUGAACUAUACCGCCAUCCACAGAGUGGAGCAACCAACAGUCUCCAAGACCAAGGUGGCCACGCUGCUACUGGUCAAUAUUUCGCACAUGCGGUAACCCCCAUAACCCCGUUGGCAGCUUCAUUCCCAGAAGUUUAUGGCAUGGAAAGUGUCAUGGGUUGCACGGAUGUCCCUCUGGACUCUCCUCUCUUCUACCAAGAUUCUGAGCCUGGAGCAGACCACAUUGCAUUCAAUACUGGAUUCCCCGACUUGACCGAAAUCUAUGGAGUUUCUAAUAACUUGAUACAGAGUUUGUAAUCAUGCGUCGGUUGGCUUGCUAUUGUUUUCUACUGCGAGGUUCUUUGAAUAGUUGUCUACAUUUUAUUCCUAGUUUCAAGCUUAUCUCCUUUCACAUCAUUAUUUGCCCCCUUAGACCUUCAUCCCUGUCCUUCUGUUUUUACCUGUCAUGACCCCAAGAGAAAGGAUUGUUGCAUAAUUAGGCGUGAUGUCCAUGCUCAUGCUGUUUACAUUUACUUGGGAUGUUUAAGCGUGGCGACGAUCAUGUCUUCGGUUGGAUUUUGGUUCAGACGUCUUAUGAGCUUAUGAUGUGACGACUGCACCCGAUGUCUCGUAUUUACUUGUACAAUAGUCAUAUCUAACCCAUCAUGAAUCUGGUCUAGUCCUCAGAUGCUUGGGUAUUGUAACAAUACAGCUGUAUACACCUGGAACGGGCUUCUGGAUGCCGCGUAGCCAUUAAUGGCCUCCAGUCAUUGCGGCAUUCUUAC